GUGGUGCGGAGAGCUCACAUAAACAAAGGCACAUUGGCAGACCCGGUAGUCGAAGGUUGUAUCGCGCGCAGUGCUCUGAGGAAGUCAUACAGAUUGCUUGGUUGGUAUUGUAGGCUGUACUGUCGCUCACGCUUUGGAGCUUUUUACAGAAUUGAAAAGCACUAUCUACAUGCUUUAUGCAUGGAUUGACAACCACGAUUCUGACGUGAAAGAAGGGGACGAUUCCAGAAAAGAGACACUUUCUUGAAUCCUGACCCCAUACUCCUCCAGACAACAUUAUCAAUUUCAAGUGUCACCGAAAAACAGUCUCAAGACUAAAGCCAUGCCCUGCGUUCAGGCUCAGUAUGGGUCAUCACCGCAAGGAGCCAGUCCCGCUUCUCAGAGCUACAGCUACCACACCGCUGGAGAAUACAGCUGCGACUUCUUAACACCUGAGUUUGUUAAGUUUAGUAUGGACCUGACCAACACUGAGAUCACAGCUACUACUUCUCUCCCUAGUUUCAGCACGUUCAUGGACAACUAUAGCACCAGUUACGACGUUAAACCGCCCUGUCUAUAUCAAAUGCCGCAUUCUGGAGAGCAGUCCUCCAUCAAAGUCGAGGACGUCCAGAUGCACAGCUAUCAUCAGCAGAGCCAUUUGCCAGCUCAGUCGGAAGAGAUGAUGGCCCACUCCGGCUCUAUGUACUUCAAACCCUCCUCGCCUCAUGCCCCAACCACACCAAACUUCCAGGUUCAGCCCAAUCACAUGUGGGAGGACCCUGGGUCCCUCCACAGUUUCCACCAGAACUAUGUGGCAGCGACCUCUCAUAUGAUAGAGCAGCGCAAAAACCCGGUGUCAAGGCUGUCACUAUUCUCCUUCAAACAGUCCCCUCCUGGUACCCCUGUGUCGAGUUGCCAGAUGCGAUUCGAUGGCCCACUGCAUGUCUCCAUGAACCACGACAACCCAGGAGCACACCGAGGCUUAGACAGCCAGAGCUUCGCGGUACCCAGUGCUCUAAGGAAACAGGCCGGGUUAGCCUUUCCUCACUCCCUUCAGCUCGGCCAUGGACACCAGUUGAUGGACAGCCAAGUUCAUUCGCCCCCGUCCCGAGGGUCACCAUCAAACGAGGGUCUGUGCGCAGUGUGUGGGGACAACGCCGCUUGCCAACAUUAUGGAGUGAGAACCUGCGAGGGUUGCAAAGGAUUUUUUAAGCGCACUGUUCAGAAAAAUGCUAAAUAUGUGUGUUUAGCGAACAAAAAUUGUCCUGUCGAUAAACGCCGAAGAAACCGUUGCCAGUACUGCCGUUUCCAGAAGUGCAUGGUUGUCGGAAUGGUCAAAGAGGUUGUCCGGACUGCUAAUCUAAAAGGCCGAAGAGGCCGUCUUCCCUCCAAACCUAAAAGUCCCCAAGACCCCUCACCACCCUCGCCACCUGUCAGUCUCAUAAGUGCCCUUGUUAGGGCUCAUGUCGAUUCCAACCCGUCCAUGUCUGGCUUGGACUACUCAAGAUUUCAGGCUAACCCUGACUACCAAAUGAGUGGAGACGACACCCAGCACAUCCAGCAGUUCUAUGAUCUCCUGACGGGUUCCAUGGAGAUUAUCCGAGGUUGGGCGGAGAAGAUCCCUGGGUUUUCUGAUCUUCCGAAGCAGGAUCAAGAUCUCCUUUUCGAAUCAGCCUUCCUGGAACUUUUUGUUCUGCGGCUGGCAUACAGGUCCAACCCAGUGGAAGGCAAACUCAUUUUUUGCAAUGGGGUGGUCUUACACAGGCUGCAGUGUGUCCGAGGAUUUGGGGAAUGGAUAGACUCGAUUGUGGAGUUUUCCUCUAACCUGCAGAGCAUGAACAUCGACAUAUCAGCAUUCUCCUGCAUCGCCGCUCUUGCCAUGGUAACAGAGAGGCAUGGGCUUAAGGAACCCAAAAGGGUUGAAGAACUUCAAAACAAGAUAGUGAACUGCCUUAAAGACCAAGUGACAUUCAAUGGCGGAGGUUUGAAUCGUCCGAACUACUUGUCAAAACUUUUGGGAAAGCUCCCUGAACUUCGCACCCUAUGUACACAAGGUCUGCAACGUAUCUUCUACUUAAAACUCGAAGACUUGGUUCCUCCGCCAGCAAUAAUUGACAAACUUUUCCUCGACACUCUACCUUUUUAAAUAGACGUUAAAACGGACUUUUGACGAGACCUCAAAGAACUUCCACAGACUCUGUUUGAGUCAGCCUAACAGAUUUGAAAGAUUUUAUCUCUGAAUAUUUGCAAGCUCCAUAUUACAAUCAAGGAUCCACGAAAUUGAUAUAAAGAAGAGUGAGAAAAUUGGGUUCAGAAAACCUACUGAUCUUCGAUUUUUUUAAAUGUAAUUGCCAGAAAUGUUGUGAGUAGCCCAUGAUCGACCCCACACCGGGGAAAGUCUCCAAGGCUUCUCUUGACUUAAUGUGGAUAAUUUUCGACCAAGUGAAACACUUUCUUGCAAUUCUUAUUCCUUAUUGUUGACUAACCAUCUGCUCCAUUGAUAACGCAUACUGAGAUGUAAUAUAUUCCAUUUAUAUAUACACAUAUAUGAUAGAUUAUGUGAUGCGUCCAAAGCGUCAAUUUAUAACACUUGUAAAAAGUUUGUUAAUGACAAAAUUUCAUUUGACUUUUAUGACUUGUGCCUAUAUGUGUUUCUGUCAGGAUCCCAGAGGUGCGAAAGUAUUUCGAAAAGACAACGCAUGUUGUAGGUUUUUAUAGGCACUGGCUGUCGAGGAGACAUGUCUAUAUUAUACAUUAUAUACUGGACACUAUGUAGUCUGCUAGAUUUUAUAAAGAUUCGUAGUACUGGCACACCUUUUAUGUAUGACGCAUAUGUGAAAUAGUAUCUCCAUCUGCAUAGAUAAAGAGGGAUCCAUGGUGUUUGUAAAACUGUCAGACAUUCCUUGUUUGUAUGUGUUGUAAGUAUUGUUGCUGUUGAAUAUAAACGUUUAUAUAUUUAUUAUUUUAUUGCCAAAAGCGACGUUAAGCAUGGAGCAUUUUUAAAUGAUUUCAAACCUUCAUAAUUCAUGCUGAGCACGUUGUCUAUGUUUUAUGUCUUAUAGACGUUUAGAUUGUUAUAAUUUUACACAUUUGAAAAUGAAAAAUUCGUCCUAUAUAAAAUAUAAUUAAGUGUGCGGUACGUCCUUUGCCUUCAUGGUGUAUUUGAGUAGGGUAUUGCAAUGCAUUCGGUGCCGAAUUCCAAACGUUUAGAGAGAAAGAGAUAUUUAAUGUUUACAAAUAAAUCUUUUAAAUCAUUUUUCUUCCGAAA